AUGGCUACGCUAGAGGACAAAAUUUUGGGUGAAAAAUUACAGAUUUACUGUAGUAGUAGUGAAGAUGAAGGUGCAUCAGACGACGAAAAAAGUGGAGACGAGGAAGGAAAUGUGCCACAGUCUCAAUCAUUGCCGAGUGCUGAGCCACCUCCCAUUAACAGUUGGACUGGUCAGGCUAGUAAUACUGGUCCAAAAGGUGUUUUAGAGGAUUGGCGACGAUUUAAGCAACUUGAGGCAGAAAAUCGUGCCGAAUUAGCCAAAGAACGUAUUGCUCUAGCAAAAAAGCUCACUCUUACUGUUAAACCAGAACGUGAAGUGGCGCAGGAAAAACAAAAAGAGGAACUAGAAGAUGAAUUGUCUGAACUAAUGGACGAAGAGUUUUUAUUGCAAUAUCAAAAACAGCGAAUGGAGGAACUGAUGACACAGUUACAAAAAGUGCCAAAGUUCGGCAAACUGAUAACUCUGAGCAACCAGGAAGAGUUCCUGAAUGCCAUAGAUAAAGAAGACACAAAGGUAACAAUCAUUAUACAUAUUUACAACAGUAGUACCAGAGCCUGUGAGACUAUGGAUGGCUGCUUGAAUGUCCUAGCUUCGGACUACCCCACAAUAAAGUUCUGUCGUAUGGCAGCAGAUAUGGCAGGCUUAAGCCGACAUUUCCGUGUUGAUGGAGUGCCUGCUUUAUUAGUUUACAAAGGAGGUCAGAUUAUUGGCAACUUUGUGCAGUUAGCAACUGAACUUGGUAAUGACUUCUUUGCUACUGACGUUGAACGUUUUCUUAUAGAAUAUGGAAUGCUACCUGAAAAGUAG